UGUUUGUCAUUGAUAUUAAAAGUUUAAAUGGAAUCGUACUCAAAAUAUUGCGAUGAAAAUUGUGGUGAAGAGGCCCAAUAUUAUGUCAAGGAAAUCGAUCAGUAUUACUGUAGACGCCACUUCGACCUAAACUGUGAGCCUGAAGACGGCAUAAGACUUACCUCCCCAGAUGUCGUCAAAUCUAAGAUCAAAGAUAUCGAAAAUGGCCUUAAGAUAUUCUUGGCAUUUACUGAAGACAAGCUUAAAGGAAGUAUUAGGGAGGAAAGCGAAUUGCUUUAUACAAAGCUAGAUAACAGCUUCCAACAAUUAAAGACAAAGGUUGAAGAAGCGAACGCUAAUAAGUCAAUCUUGAUGUUCACUGAUUUGAAAUAAGGAAGCUUCACAACUAAAGACUGAAGUAGACAAUGAGUCUUUGUUUAAUAGCUUUACUACUGAGUUCUUUUGGAGUCUCUCGAAAGAAGCAAUGAAUUCAGAUGAGGCUCCGGCCUUAGCAAAGCAAGACCCCUCCAUCCCUGCCAACGAACACCCCUCCCACAGCAACCCCAUCGAAGAAGCUAAGGCCCAACCUCUCUCCAAGCCUAAACCUGCACAGAACUCUCCUCUACAAAAAGAGAUGGUUAAGGACCCUGACUGCCGACUGUUCAUCCAGAAUAUGGGGAAGGAUCAGGAAGUGGAGUUUUGGCUGGAAAAAAAGUUCUGUAGGAAAUUGUUUGGGCUCAUGGACCAGGAGGUGAUGGAAGGGUUGAACAAGAUCAGUGUGAUGGAUGCUGUGCAUGCUGGGAAAGAUGAAUUCGCCACCUUCAUGUCCAAAAUACCUGACGGCCUCAUAUUUCUCUACUUCAGCUUAGGAGCCUCCAUUUUCAGCAUAUCUCCUUACCUACCUUCCAUUCUGGCUCUGAAGUCUCGACUCAAAGGAGGAAUAAGCUUCAACAAUUGCACAAUAACUGAGAAGGAGAAAGCUGAUAUAGGCGAGACCUUCAAAGACAACGAAGUCCAAUAUGGUAAGCCUCUAGUGUAAUGUUAGGGAGUGACGUCAAAAUAGUCAAAGGAUAGUCAGAAGGCAAUGAAGGUCUGGGAAUUAGAUAACAGAAUUGGUUCAAUUACGAUU